AUGAGCACCAGCCAAUCAGAGCGCGUUGUUGCAGGCAACAACUGUGUAAGCACAGCAGCACCUCAAAGCACCAUCAUGAAGAAAAUGGGCGGUGCCGACGAUGCCGACGACGUCGUCUUCUUCUGGAAGAUCGACCAGGCCUUUUUACAUGAUGUACAGAAAGGCCAUCAUAUUCAACGACAUCGAGAGUGCAGAGAAGAUACUUGCUACGCCCCGUGCAAGUCCUGCCCAGCACAAGAGGAUGGGCAGAAAGGUUUCGAAUUUUGGAGCCGCAGCAGCAAACAUAUGGUCGUGAACGGUAACUUUUACAAGUUUGUGAACAAUCCCAAGCUGAUGCAGAUGCUCAUGAGUACGGGGAACAAAGUGAUCGCAGAGGCUAGCUCCCUCGACAACAUCUGGGGAAUCGGCUUUGACGCCAAUAACGCGAUUAUGCACAAAACACAUUGGGGCGAGAAGAGGCUGAGCAAAUGUCUGACGGAGGUUAGGGAUAUGAUUAGAGACAUGCUUAGCCAGAUAUCCAAUCAUCACCCCGAAGACGGUUAUAGACACAACCACGAGAGUUUUCUGCUACUCCUGCAUUUCCACGGCAUGGAUCAAACCAAAGGAAGUAGAAAGAAACAACCUCAAGAUGAGGAAAAUGAUUACCACCUCUGGGAGCUGCAUGAAGAAGGAGGGCCGGCAUUUGGGCGCAUUGCAAAAGCUUUGGAGUUCAUUAAUCACUGCGUUCAUGUGGAAAUUGAUAGUUAG